UUAGAACUAAUUAUCUGAUUGGUUAGUCUUACAAGGAUGGGAACCGCGAGCCAAUCGGUUGCCGACACGGCUAGGUCUACGGAUUUUCCCAGUUUAGUCCGUACUGAUGUGUCUGAACAGUUAGAAUUGCAGUUUUAUUAUAGUGUUUCCUUUGGUUCGGGUACGUCUGCUAAAAUGUCUGUUUUCGUAGGUUCACUGGUUUGCACUUUUUUUCUGACUGUGAAUGGCCUAUAUUCCUCUGGUGAUGAUGUUGUAGAGCUGACUCCAACAAAUUUCCACAAAGAAGUCAUGCAGAGUGACAGUUUGUGGCUAAUAGAGUUUUAUGCCCCUUGGUGUGGGCAUUGCCAGAGACUAGCUCCAGAAUGGAAAAAGGCAGCAACAGCGUUGAAGGGAGUUGUUAAAAUAGGAGCUGUUGAUGCUGAUAAACACCAAGCAUUAGGUGGACAGUAUGGGGUCACUGGUUUCCCAACAAUUAAGGUCUUUGGAUUAAACAAGUACAAGCCAGAAGACUAUCAAGGUGGCAGGACAAGUCAGGCUAUUGUUGAUGCAGCAUUAAAUUCUGUACGAUCACUUGUUAAAGAUCGCCUUGGUGGAAAAAGCAGUGGAUCAGAGUCUGGUAGACAGAGUUCUGGAGGAUCAUCUGGCAAAAAGGAUGUUGUAGAACUGAAUGAUGACAAUUUUGAUAAAAAUGUUAUUGGGAGCGAUGACAUCUGGAUGGUGGAGUUUUAUGCGCCAUGGUGUGGACACUGUAAAAAUUUGGAACCAGAAUGGGCUGCAGCUGCAACUGAAGUCCAGGAGCAGACUAAAGGCAAAGUGAAAUUGGCUGCUGUAGAUGCCACAGUGAGUCAGAUGUUAGCAAGUCGCUAUGGGGUACGAGGAUUCCCAACCAUCAAGAUUUUUCAGAAGGGUGAAGAUGUAGUUGAUUAUGAUGGUGGAAGAACCAGAGCAGAUAUUGUUGCUAGAGCCCUUGAUUUGUUUUCAGAAAAUGCUCCACCUCCUGAACUGCUAGAGAUACUCAGUGAGGAUGGCCUGAAAAGUACAUGUGAAGCUCAUCAACUUUGUAUCAUCUCUUUCCUGCCUCAUAUUCUUGACACAGGGGCUGCAGGCAGAAAUGGCUACUUAGAAGUAAUGCUAAAAAUGGCAGAAAAAUACAAAAAGAAAAUGUGGGGGUGGUUAUGGGCAGAAGCUGGAGCACAGAGUGAUCUUGAAAUGUCGUUUGGGAUUGGAGGCUUUGGUUACCCUGCUAUGGCAGCCGUAAAUUCACGUAAAAUGAAAUUUGCUCUUUUGAAAGGAUCUUUUAGUGAACAAGGAAUUCAUGAAUUUCUCAGGGAACUUUCUGUUGGCCGAGGUUCUACAGCACCAGUAGCUGGAGGAGCAUUCCCAAAAAUUAACACAGUAGAGCCUUGGGAUGGCAAAGAUGGAGAGCUGCCAGCUGAAGACGACAUUGACCUCAGUGAUGUGGAUCUGGAUGACAUAGCAAAAGAUGAAUUGUGAGGAUUGCGGUCUCUUUAAUAGUUUUCUUCUCUUGGGAGAAUUCGAGUCCACCACAGGACUGAGACAUUUGUCAGUCAAAUGGAUGUUGACAUGGACAUUUAUUUAAUAAAAGACAACAGGCUUGCACUUGGAACUUGUUUCCUUGUUUCAGAAUGUGUGUGGAGUACAGUGCCACUGUAGAGAGCUGGACAUCUCAAGAGAUCAUUAAAAAUUCUAUGAAUUGUUCAAAUCUUGCAUUUAAAAGUGUCUCUUCAGAAAAGAGGGACUUGUAUGUCCAGUUAUGAAAUUAGUCCAGUGUACAGGUAAAAUAUGAAUACCUUUAUCUGCCAAUUAUAUAACUGUACUGUAUUUUACAAAUAUGUAUUUUGAAUGUUUUUCUGAUACAGGUAUCCAGGUUUUGCAUCUGUAACUGAAUUAAACAUUUGUUUAGACCCUUAUACAUGCUGAUGUUUGCUUUUUCACGUACCCGGAGUUUUACAGUUCUUCAGAAUGUAGCCGGACUUGCUUUGAUUAUUUUGAUGGAUUUUAAUUUGCUAACUUAUGUUCAUUGAUUUCUAUCUUCUAAACAUUUCUUAAAGUGUAGAUUGUAAUUUCAGUAAAUACAAUGAUUGUCUUAGUUAUUGAGAAGAAAACUUUGAAUGUUAUCCAGUUCUUUUUUUUGUCAUUCUGUUGGGGAAUCUGUUUUAUUUUAUCAUCAGCUUUGUGAAUAUGUGCUUGGUUUAAGACUGAAGACCAUCUCUUUCUAAGCAGCACAUGUCAUAUAUUUUUCAAUAAAAGUGUGAAGUUUGAA